AUGCUUCUCUCUGAUUGGCUGACCGUUAACACAUCAAAACUGUUUCUCUUUCCACGUUUGACGCAGUUUUCAAUUUUCAUUCUUCGCUUCGUAGAAUUUAAAUUGGCAUUUUCAUCCUCACUGAGUGCCCCGCCUGUCGAAGCCGUAUUUUGCUUGACAACAUUUAGGGACUAUUUGAAAUACAUUCGCAAGCUGCAAAAACUUACAGAAUCAGAAGAAGCCAAAGAACGUAGAGAAGCACGCAGAUUUAUGGGAAUUCGAUUACGCAAUAAAAUAAUGACACAGAAAUAUGGAGGCACAACAAAGGAUGCCAGGGUUAAACCUUACCCACAAGCAGAAAAGAAAAUAGAAACCAAAAAUUCUGAAGCUGGUGUGUCUCACUGUUCUGAAAAGCCAACACAUUCAAAAACUUUUCCUAUUUAUUCUCAAGGAAUUGUGUGUGGAUAUUUCUGUACAAAUGAAAAUGAGAUGCCACCUCAAAAGAUUGCUUUAACCAAUCUCAGAUCAGCAACAACACUAAGUCCACCCAACAACUUUGUUCAGCCUCCAUUAAUUAAACUGGCACAAGGAACCCAAGUUCCCAGAAGAACCAUGGAACCAGUUUCUGCCUCUGGAAACAACUCUUCCUGUCCCUCAACCACAGUUAAUACUCUUUCAAUGACAACAAUGGAGAAGACUAUCAAUGGGCAUCAACCGCUGGAACCAUUAAACAUGUGUCAAUCACAACUUCAUGCUCACCGACGUUAUUGUUAUGGUGAUUAG